AUGUCAGGAUACUGCCACUCGAUAGACCUUUAUCCAUAUAAUCGUGCUGACAUCAGUAGCUUGGAAGAUGAACUACGUUCUUGUUGUACCCACACCCAGUGGCUUCAGUAUAAUGAUGAAAUUGAAUCUGCUCUCUCUAAACACAGUGCUCUCCUCACUGAAUGCAGGAAUAAGAAAAUAGGUAACCUCACAAAGAAGCGACAAUGGUCAAACAGAUUUAGACGACAUACCAACAACGAUACAUCCCCCCAUUUGGUUGUUAAUCUCAUCCUCCCCUCUUUCCCAAGCAGAAACCUCUCUUUCUCUCUAAAGCCUAAAGGGCUCAAGUUUUGCCCGACGCCACCAGAAGUUGAACAGAUAGCUCUCAGCCAAGACCUCUCUACAUUCUAUCGCAGGAUACGUCUCAAAGAGGUUUUAGAUGAACCCCUUUCUGAUCCCGACCCCUUCUACUGGAAAAGCACAUGGACUCCACCCAAGAAUAGAGUUCCUUCCCUUGAAAUUUACAUUCAAGCUGUCUCAUCCCUAGUUUGCUCCACAGAUACCCUCGACAUCAGAGCACAUGACAACCUUCCCCAAGAAGAACGCCAAGCUCUCUCUUCACUCAAAAACAGGUCCGACAUCAUCAUCAAGCCUGCAGACAAAGGAUCAGCCGUCGUCGUUAUGGGCCGCCAGCAGUACAUCGAUGAAGCCAUGAAACAUCUCAAUAAUCAAUCUCACUAUGCACUCCUUGAUUCUGACCCUACUUACUUUCUCAGGAAACUAAAUGACAUCAAGGACCAGAUACCCAAGACUGCGAUCAUCGGCACUUUCAAUGUUUCUUCACUUAACACCAGCAUUCCCCAUGAUGAAGGUAUCCUAGCAGCCUUGGCUGCCAGUGGCCAUUCCAGUCCCCCCAUAUCCGAUAUCAAAUCUCUGAUGUCUCAUGUACUAACAAAAAACAACUUCACAUUCAUGGGCAAGCACUACCUACAGAUAUUCGGUACAGCAAUGGGCACCCGGAUGGCUCCUCCAUUCGCCUGUCUCUUCGUGACCAAGCUGGAACAGCAGAUGUUAGAUUCAGCCCCCUGUCGCCCAUGGAUUUGGUGGCGUUACAAAGACGACAUUUUCUUCAUCUGGACCAGGGAGGAAGAUAGCCUUCAUACAUUCAUUGACCACAUCAAUUCCUUCCACAGGACCAUCAAAUUCACUUCUGAUUUCUCCCAACAGGAAACCAACAUCCUUGAUGUCACAGUCCAGAAAAAGCCUAAUGGUAUCACUACUACCUUUAUACCUUUUAUACCCUACCGCAUCUACUGGAAAAAUACAGUUGUUCCUACCCUGUACUCUAAACCCACAGAUACCCACCAGUACCUCCACUCAUCCAGCUGCCACCCCCGUCACUGCAAAACCGGCAUCGCUUACAGUCAAGCCCUCAGACUUCGCCGUAUCUGCUCCGACUCCUCCGAGGACCCUGAUUUUUCCUUCCAUACCAGGAAUUUGCAGAAACAUCUCUGUGCCAGGGGCCACAGGGCCAGGGCAGUCCUGCUGGCAAUUAACAAAUUUCGUUCUCUCCCCAGAUCUGAAGUUCUCAAACCAAACAGUGACAAGACUACCGACAGAAUCCCUUUUGACCACCUUCCAUCCCAAUCUACCCCCUCUCCGCAAAAUCCUGUGUGA